AUGCCUUCCGAACAAGGACACCGCCUCUACGUCAAGGGACGUCACCUCAGCUACCAGCGUAGCAAGCACGCCCUUACCCCCAACACCAGCUUGGUCAAGAUUGAGGGUGUUGAUGACACCAAGUCCGCCAACUUCUACCUUGGCAAGAAGGUCGCUUUCGUCUACCGUGCCAAGCGUGAGGUCCGCGGCUCCAACAUCCGUGUGAUCUGGGGCAAGGUCACCCGGCCACACGGCAACUCCGGUGUUGUGCGCGCCAAGUUCCGCAACAACCUCCCCCCCAAGUCCCUCGGCGCUACCGUCCGCGUUAUGCUCUACCCCUCCAACAUCUAA